UUAUUACAUAUCACAAUCAUGUCAUAAAUUUUUCAUGUAUAAACACUUUGAAUUUUCCCUCAUUUUCCCACAUAAACUUUUUCCAUUUUCUUUUUCAAAAGACACCCACUUUUCUUCAGUUAGAACCCAGAUUUUCUUUUCUUCAAAGUUCUCAGUUUUUUGAACUUUUCUUUUAGACAAUGAAUGGGGGUUCAUUGGGGAUUCGUUCAGGGAGUUAUAGUUCUUUAGAUAAAAAACAGCAACAAAAUGAUGUCUUGUUACCAAUUCAAACACCUUCAACGACAAAAACUAAACCUUAUUCGAAAAUGUUUAAAGACAAGGAGAAAUUGUUUCAUUGGGCCUGUAAAUUUGCUGGUCGGAAAAGAGUUAGGAUGUUUCUCCUUUUAGCCAUUUCAGCUGCUGUUUUUGUUUGGGUUUUCUAUGUCGGCAAAGAUGAAGAUCAAGAAAAUCACAAUGGGCAUAAGGUAAAUGAUAGUUUGCCUCUAAACAGUUCCGAAACUCCUCCAAUGAACGAAGUGCAAACUGUCGGAAUUGUAAAUCGGGUGUCUUUUCCGAUCGAUGUGGAAAGAACUGAAGUUCGAGUAAUGCCUCCGCCGCCGCCUUCGUAUUUUUUAGGCUAUACUCUUCCUCCAGGGCAUCCUUGCAACAGUUUCACUUUACCCCCGCCACCGGCCGAUAAAAAACGGACUGGGCCACGUCCUUGUCCUGUAUGUUACAUUCCUAUGGAGGAAGCUAUCGCCUUGAUGCCGAAAGUCCCGUCAUUUUCGCCCGUAGUUAAAGAUUUAACAUAUGUUUACGAGGAAAACUUGAAUAAAGAGACGGAGUUCGGAGGUUCCGACUUUGGUGGGUAUCCUACUUUGAAGCAACGGGAUGAUUCAUACGAUAUAAGAGAGUCAAUGAAUCUGCAUUGCGGAUUUGUUAAAGGAAGAAAACCCGGACAUGGGACAGGGUUUGAUAUCGAUGACAACGAUCUUCUCCAUAUGGAACAAUGUCGUGGAGUGGUUGUUGCAUCGGCAAUAUUCGGAGCUUUCGAUGUCAUACAACAGCCGAAGAACAUUAGCGAAUAUUCCAAACGAACCAUAUGCUUCUAUAUGUUUGCGGAUGAAGAAACCGAAGCCGAUUUGAAAGCUAAUGGUGGUCUAGACGAGACUAGGAAGAUCGGAGUGUGGAGGAUCGUUGUUGUCCGUAAUCUUCCUUACACCGAUGGAAGACGCAACGGAAAGAUUCCGAAGCUUCUAACGCAUAGGCUAUUUCCGAAUGCUCGUUUUUCUUUAUGGAUUGAUGGGAAACUUGAGCUUUUUGUUGAUCCAUAUCAAAUUCUUGAGAGGUUUCUAUGGAGAACGAAUGCCACUUUCGCAAUUUCUAGGCAUUAUAAACGCUUUGAUGUAUUCGAUGAAGCCGAGGCAAAUAAAGCUGCUGGCAAAUACGAUAACGCCUCCGUCGACUUUCAAGUCGAUUUCUAUAAAAAGGAGGGUCUAACCCCAUAUUCCGAGGCUAAACUUCCCAUCAAGAGUGAUGUUCCCGAAGGAUGUGUGAUAAUACGAGAACAUGUUCCGAUUAGCAACCUCUUUUCUUGUCUUUGGUUCAAUGAAGUCGAUCGUUUUACUUCUCGAGACCAAAUUAGUUUCUCAACCGUUAGAGACAAGAUCGCGGCGAAGACAGGUUGGAUGGUUAACAUGUUCUUGGAUUGUGAACGCCGUAACUUUGUCGUUCAGCAAUAUCAUAAGGAAGUUUUAGCGUAUUUGGCUCAAAUGGCUCCUCCUGUUAUUAAUCCGCCACCGCCGCCGACGUCGUCACGGUCUUUCGUCCGAUGAUCCACCAAGGAUUUUCGCACUCAAAACUUCGGAUGAAAGGAACAAGAACAUGGGUUUAAAUUAAAAGAAAUAAAAAAGAGAGUCCUUUUUCAGGAAAA